UCUGUCUUCACCCUGGGAACGGCUGCCGGUGGCUUGGGCACCAUGUACUUCAACGACUGCUUGGGCCGCAAGCUGAGCAUCAUGUUUUCUGCAGUUCCUUCCGUCCUCGGGUACCUCCUGAUGGGUAGCGCACAAGAAGUCUGGAUGCUGCUGGUGGGAAGGCUGCUGACGGGGUUUGCAGGCGGUGUGACAUCUGCCUCCAUACCGGUCUACAUUUCUGAGAUCUCUCAUCCUGGGGUCCGAGGAGCUCUGGGUUCCUGCCCGCAGGUCAUGGCCGUCUUGGGUGCCCUCGUCCUCUACGCUUUAGGCCUCGUCCUCGACUGGCGUUGGCUGGCCGUGGCCGGGGAGGUGCCGGUCCUGCUCAUGGUCGUCUUGCUGUGCUUCAUGCCAGAGUCGCCGCGUUUCCUGAUCUCCAAGGGGAAGGAGGAGGAGGCCCUGAGCGCCCUGACUUGGCUGCGGGGCCAGGACGCCAAUUACUGGUGGGAGUACGAACAGAUCAAGGACAGCGUGAAGGAGCAGAGCCAACCAGUCACUUGGGCGGAGCUCAAGACCCCUUACAUCUACAAGCCAGUGGCCAUCACCUUGCUGAUGCGGUUCCUGCAGCAGCUCUGCGGCGUCACCCCCAUCCUCGUGUACCUGCAGGUGAUCUUUGACAGCACGGAGGUCAUUCUGGCGUCACAGUACGAUGCUGUUAUUGUGGGGGCCGUGCGGUUGGUGUCGGUCAUCUUUGCUGCGUCUUUCAUGGAUAGAGCUGGGAGAAAGAUCCUCCUCUACGCCUCAGCUUUCAUCAUGCUCGCCUCCAACCUGACCCUGGGGUUCUACAUCCACUACGUCCCUCUGCAUCCUACCAACGCCUCUGCGACAGCUGGCAACAGCAGCAACCCAAGCCCUGUCCCCCCCACAGCAAACGGCCUCACCGUCCUUCCUUUGAUCGCCACCAUGUCCUUCAUUGUAGGUUACGCCAUGGGUUGGGGCCCCAUCACCUGGCUGCUGAUGGGCGAGGUUCUCCCCCUGAAGGCACGAGGGGUGGUGUCCGGCCUGUGCGUGCUCGUCAGCUGGUUGACAGCCUUUGCCCUGACAAAAGCCUUUCUGCCAGUUAAGGAUUCCUUUGGCCUGGAAGUGCCUUUCUUUUUCUUCAGCAUCAUUUGCGUGAUGAACCUGAUCUUCACCAAAUGGUUGAUUCCCGAAACCAAAGGCAGGUCUUUGGAGCGGAUCGAAUCAUACUUCCGGACUGGGCGGAAGUCUUUUCUGGAAUCCUUCCGGCGCCACAGAUAAACCCACGAGAACUAAUUCAAGAUAGACGGGCAGGUGGGAGAUUUUUGAGGCCAGCAUGGGAUGACCAAAGGUGAUGACUGACCUCCAAGGGGAGAAGAGGGAUCGCCAGUUUUUUGGGAAACUCAUUUGCACUGGUUGACUUGCUUGUGGCCAAGAGCUAGUGUAGCAAGGGGAUCUGCACUGGGAAGCAGGGAGCCCCCACGUGAAUCCUACACUGGCCGUGAACUCACGAGGUGGUCUUUGGGAAGACACUUGUCCGCUCCACCGUGGCCCUCCUGCAGAAGAGGAACACCACCACCACCACCACCCUGUUGGGUCACCAGAGAGAUUCCUGAGGGCGUUGCCAGAGACGCUCAGAUCAUUCUGAAGCCUUUGCAGUCAUCACCCAAGCCCUCGUGGCUCCCAGCGGCCGAAAUGGCCGAGAGGUCUUUGACAACCCCACAACUGUGAAUCCAAGAGCCUUGGAGGCUCCGUGACCGGCGGCUCUGCUGCCCCCAAAGGGCCCUCUCUGCCGAUCCCAACAGGUGCUUGUUUGCUUACCACAGAGAAAUCUGUCCUCCUGGACAGUCAGUAUGGGAAGAGGAGGCAGCGGAGGGGCAACUCAGAGCAAAACUGGGUGAGAGCUUAACAGAUCCAUGAUCUAACAGAUCCCACAUCUUUUGUUAAAAAAAGAAAUAGCCACAAGGGUAUUGGUGGCGGGGGUGUCCAGCUGGUUCACUGGAGCACUUUAAACACUCUGUUUGCAGAACUGGAUAGAUUUGACUAGCUAAAAGCAACAUUUUGGAUCAGUCACCUUUUAUGGCACCUUUUAUGGCACAUAUAACAAAGAAGUUAGUGAAGCGGCCCUUGAGUAUUUAGAUUUCUUUCUCCCUCCCCAAUAAAUCAAACUUUGGUUCUGAAAGA